GCUGCUGAAGUCAUUGCACUCCGCCUCGCUGCACCUUAAGACAGAACACAAACAGCUUCUCUGCCAGCACUCACGACUGUAACAGCAAAACAAGACUUGAGGGAAGUACACGCAGAACAUAUCAAUAAAACACCACUGCAAGCCAUGACCUCAGCUCAACAACUGCUGCGGUCUCAGCGAGACCUGCUGCUGAACUGGACCAGUGACCACCCAGCACCGUUGCUGCGAUGGCUGCGUGAUGAUCGGGUGCUUUCCUCAGCCCACUACCUGUCUCUGCUGGAGAAGUUACCUUCCAAUGCCGUGGCCCAGGCUCUAGAGACGGUUUGCGGCACCGAGGAGAGCAGCCAGAAGUUCCUGCAGGUGCUGAAGGAGGUGCAGGAUUAUUACUGCAGGGAUCUGCAGGUCUGGGUGGAGAGACACUGCAGGAACGAUGCCGUCAGUAAGCCAGCACCUACAGCCGUGACAGUUGAAGAGAAGAAGCCGAAAGGACCACUUGCUAAACUGUUCAAAGGAAAAAGCAAGGGAUUCACCCUGACUGCUGAGGUUAAAGCUAAAGAAGAACUGAGCCCCACCAGGAGCGUAAAGCUGUCCAACCUCCGAGUUCAUAUUUCUGCCCACAAAACAACCCUACUGAAGCGCACAGAGCAGUUAAAAUGCUACUCAGAGGGUGAGGGGGUAACUUCAAACUCAGCUUCCCACAUCGAAAUCCGCUACACUGACCUUUUUGUGACAGAAGAUGAUGACUUAGUUGACGGCAGCAGACAUGAGUACUUUGACCUGGCGAGCAGAAGAGCUCGCAUCUACGUCCACCAGGCCUGCCAGCGCAUCCGGCCAUGCCAUCUACUGAGCCCCAAUGAAACAUCUGGACGGCCCCCCAAAAGGGUUAAAGUGAAGGGUAUAGCUGGUAUCGGAAAGAGUGUAGCAGUGCAAAGACUGGUGUACGAGUGGGCAAUUGGGAAGAACAUGCGUGAAUUCACCUGUGUUUUUGACCUGCGCUUCAGAGAGCUUAAUCUGAUUGAAGCACCCCUGAGCUUAUUGGAGCUGCUUGGGGAACGGUUCCGGUACCUGAAGGAAGCCCUCCCAGAUCUUUUCACCUCGCCAAGCUCUUUGCUGUUCAUCUUGGAUGGAUUAGAUGAGUUUAAACUCCCCUUGGACUGGAACGCUCCUGACAAAAACUUUGACGUUGGUUCGAGGGUGCCAGUCUCAGAGCUGAUGGUGGCUUUAAUCAAGGGAAGUCUUCUACCGGAGGCAUCAGUCAUUCUCACGACAAGACCAUCCACUGAAGCUCCCAAGCGUUUCUUCCAGAGAUGCUGCGUGGUGCUGGGCUUUGAGGAGAAUCAGGUGAAGGAAUAUACCACCAAGUUCUACAAAGACAGUAAAGUCGCCGAAAAAGUCUACGAUUACAUCUUGAACAAUGACAACCUUUUCGUGCUGUCCUUCAUCCCUCUUUAUUGCUACAUCAUCUGCACCGCUAUGGCUGAGUUCUUCUCAGCAGAAAAUCAAGAUGUUGGUGACUCAAAGUCUCUGGAGCUGAACCCGCCCAGAACAGUCAGUGAGGUUUACUUCUGCUACCUGUUUACAGCAGUCAAGCACCAUGCGCUGAGGGGGAGCGCAGAGAGAAGUACCCCGAGAUCUGAAGUUCUCUCACUCGCAAGGCAACAUCUGACAAACCUGGGAAAGCUGGCUUAUGAAAGCCUCCUACAGAAAAAGAUCAUGUUCAACAGAGCUGAUCUGGAGAACUACAGUGUUACGCCUGCUGAUAUCCAGAGCACCUUUCUCUGUCACAUCCUCCAGCCUCUCAAAGAGGAAACAGUGGAGAUGUUUUCUUUCUUCCACUUGACUGUUCAAGAACAUUUGGCUGCCCUCUACUGUGCCAUCAAUCUCUUCAGCCAGGAGGACAUAAUCCAGGCUCUUGACUUCUGGUGCUUUGGGCAACAUCCGCCAUCCUCCACAGCUGCACCCCUGCAAAACACAGACAUCAGCAUGGACAAGCUGGAGAGUCUCCAGAUGUUCACACGCUUCUUCAUGGGAAUGCUCCGAGCUCGACUGGGAGGUCAGUUGGAUGGCCUUGUUCUUUCCCCAGUGGAGCAAGGGGAUGCCGUCCCUGCCAGGCUAGGUCUGUGGUUCCAAGACCAGUUUAAGGGCAGGAAGCUCGAGAACCAUGCAGCCCUGAAUCUUCUCCACUGUCUGAUGGAGUUCCAUAUGAAGGAAACUACCGGCAUGGCAGCACCAGAGAUCAAGAAACUCAACCUGUUUAAAAUGAAGCUGACUGUCGUGGACUGUGCGGCCAUGCACUAUGUGCUGCAGUUCUCUCCACACAAGCUGCAGGAGCUCAACUUAGGCUACUCAAACAUCGGAAACAGAGGACUGAACAGACUGGGACCAAUCCUACAUCGCUGUGAAUCUCUCUAUUUGAGGUACAACUGCCUGGAUAAGCAAGCAGCUAUUUUGGAAUCUGCAGUUCUGAAAUCAAAUGAGUGCCAAGUGAAAAAGCUGUUUAUGUGUGGCAAUAACCUGGGUCCAGAGGGGGUUAUGGAGCUCUGGAACGCUCUGGAGUACAACACCACAGUGGAGGAACUGUAUCUGGACAUCACCGGCAUCACAGAGCGAGGAACCGAAAACAUCGUCAACUGCCUCAGCAAAAACACCUCUCUGAAGACGCUGACCAUUGUAGGGAACGACAUCGGACGGGAGGGGAAGAGGAGGCUGAGUGAGCUGGAGCAACGCAGACCAGGACUCCGGAUUAUCGCAAACUUUGUGGACGACCUUGGAUUGCUUCAGGCCUACCUGGACUGGGUGGAGGAGAUCCGGGCCGACAGAGACCAGAUGGACUCAGUGAAGAAUGCAGACGCCCUGCAGUCGGUGCUGAAGGGGCUCCAGGUGGCAGGAAAACAGGUGGAGAGAGGAGAGAAUGCAGAGAAGGCCAAGGAGCUCCAGACGGAGAUUGUGAAUUUGCUCAAGUCUUCCACAGAUCCGACAGCAGGAAGAUGAACUAUUGAGCUCUUGAGCAAAUUGUGUGGGGAUAGGAUGUCGUCUGAGGUGGCUUUCGAAACAUCCACCAUGAGUUAACAGACAGUCUGACUUCAAUCUCUCUGAACUCAUGUGGCAAUAACCUGGGCACGUGCGGUUUCUGCCGCUGUUGGACAAUCUGAACCACUGAACAUCAUGAAACAUAAAGAAAAUGACAAAUCGGUUCUGUGGUCUCAGAGACCUCAGCUGUAGAAACAUAGUCAGAUCAAAUUUGACAGUUUUUUAUUCUUAAUCUUCUCUAUGUAUGCGACUGAUGUUGAGAGUACUUUGUAUGAUCUUUCUUGUACUUCAACUCCAGAAUCCCUAAUAUGUCCUCAUACAUUUUGUUUUAUGUUAUUGGAUGUUUUUUUGUUUUUUUUGAGAAUUUUAAUUUUUUUUUUUCAGUUUGUUAAGAAGAGGUCAAACAACUUACUAGAACAGAGUGGAUUUCAAGUGACCCUAAACUUAACUGAUGUCUGCAUGUAAGAUGAUAUACUGGAUUAUCUUUGUCCAUCAGACUUUUUUUUUUUUUUUAACUUUGUUUAUUGAGUUUUUCAAUACAGUAACAUAACUUAUAAUAUAGUGCUUCUUCUUC